AUGACAUCAUGGCAACCAAAUCAGGAGGAGCUUACACAGGUUCUGCAUUUGCUCCACCAUUCCCAGUCCACGGAUACUGUGGUUCAGCGGAGUGUGCAGCAACAGUUGGAUAUGCUCAAUGGUCAUCAGUUUUUUUGUUGUUAUCUUGUACAUAUCCUAAGUGGUAUGAAGGAAGAACAGGAGGCGAGCAGGUCUCUUGCUGGCUUGAUAUUGAAGAAUAAUGUCCGCUCUCAGUGGUCUAAAUACCCAGACGAAGUGCGACAAUUUGUGAGGACGAAUACAUUGGCAAGUAUAGGUGAUCCAAGUCCGUUGAUCCGUGCUACUGUUGGUAUUAUAAUUACAACGAUAGUAGUGGAAGAAGGUGGUGUUGGUCAGUGGUCAACAUUGUUACCAUAUUUAGGUCAUCUCUUAGAUCAACCAGAUCUUAAUCUGCAGGAGGGUUCAUUGGGUGCUAUUCAGAAGAUUUUCGAAGAUUCUGGAGAACGAUUAGAUCCUGAACGACAUGUGCAUCCAAUAAUGCCAAAAAUUUUGUCGUUUUUCUGCUCAGAAAGUGCCAAAAUGAGAGGUUUGGCUAUGAACUCAGUGAACAGUAUUCUAAUGAUCAACAACGACCCAAUUAGUGUGGUGAUUGACGACUUCUUACAACAGUUGUUUGGACGUGCACAUGAUCAAGAACCAGAAGUUCAAAAACAACUGUGUCGGUCGCUCACACUCUUGCUUGAUAGUCACUUCGACAAGUUAGCACCCCAUUUGCCUAACGUUAUUGACUACAUAAUCAUGAAAACGCAGGAUGUGAACGAGAAUAUUGCUGUAGAGGCUUGCGAGUUCUGGUUGUCAUUAGCAGAGAAUUCUGACGUAUGCAAGGAGUUACUAUCACCCUUUCUCGGGAAGCUUGUGCCCGUACUUAUCAAGUGUAUGCGUUAUUCGGAAAGUGAUAUAGUUGCGCUUAAGGGUAACUGUGACGAGGAAGAUUCUAUGGUGCCAGAUCGAGAUGAGGAUAUAAAACCACGUUUUCAUAAGUCCAAAGUCGCAGCUGGUCAGGUAAAUGGCGAGGUAAGUAUGUUCAAUGAUGUCGUUGUAGGAAGAUGUUCCGCGGCAUCAUUAGAUGUAUUGGCAUCAAUAUUUAAGCAAGAAUUAUUGCCUAUACUGCUUCCAAUUCUCAAGGAAGCUCUUUGUCACUCGGAAUGGGAAAUAAAGGAAUCAGGGAUUCUGGCUCUGGGUGCUGUUGCUGAAGGUUGCAUGAGUGGAAUUACACCUCACCUUCAUGAACUCAUUCCAUUCCUGCUGAGUAUGCUAAACGACAAAAAACCGCUUGUCCGGUCUAUCACAUGUUGGACACUUUCGCGGUAUUGUUCUUGGGUGGUGGAUGAAGCACGUGAUCAGUAUUUUGAACCAACUUUGAAAGGACUUCUUGUUCGAGUUUUGGAUGGUAAUAAACGAGUACAAGAAGCCGCGUGUAGUGCUUUUGCCACUGUUGAGGAGGAAGGGGCAGAUUUUAUCGCACCAUAUCUUUCAGAUAUUUUACAAACUCUUGUUCAGGCGUUCAGCAUCUAUCAGGCUAAAAAUUUGCUGAUUUUAUACGAUGCGGUCGGGACGUUGGCAAAUUCUGUGGGUAACGCCUUAAGUCAACCCGUUUAUGUCCAAGUGCUAAUGCCUCCGCUGAUGGAAAAGUGGCAACGACUUGGAAAUGAUGACAAAGAACUUUUCCCACUUCUAGAAUGCGUGUCUUCGGUUGCAUCUGCUAUGGGUAUCUCUUUUCUGCCGUAUUGUGAACCUGUUUAUAAUAGGUGUAUCAUCUUGAUUACGCAAUCGUUGCGUCAAUCCGUCGAAGCGCAACAGCGACCGAAUGAAGUAGAAAUGCCAGAUAAAGAUUAUUUGAUCGUUGCACUCGAUCUUCUAUCAGGACUUGCAGAGAGUUUAGGUGCUCAUAUUGAUCCUCUAAUAGGUCGAAAUGAAGUGUUACAAUUUUUUGCUCAGGAUCCUACUGCAGAAGUUCGUCAAAGCAGUUUUGCAUUACUUGGCGAUCUCACUAAAGCAUGUUGGCAUCAUAUAAAGCCUUACACUCUUUCAGAGACGUUCAUUCCCAUUUUGGCUAUGAAUUUUGAUCCAUCGCACAUUUCUGUUUGUAACAACGCAAUUUGGGCGUUUGGUGAGAUGUCGCUUAAAAUGGGUGUGGAAAUGAAGCAGUAUGUGCUAUCUGUUUUGCCUCAUCUUAUACGGGUCAUGAAUCAAAAAGACGGGCAGCGUACUUUGUUGGAGAACACCGCUAUAACAAUUGGGCGCUUGGGAAUUUACUGUGCUGAGGAAGUUGCUCCACAUUUGGUAACAUUUAUACGACCGGCCUGCUUCAGCCUGAGAAACAUCAGAGAUAAUGCGGAGAAAGAGAGCGCAUUUCGUGGAAUUUGCUAUAUGAUAAAUCUGAAUCCGUCAGGAGUAGUCAACGAUUUUGUGUUUCUGUGUGACGCCAUAGCUUCUUGGUCUACACCAAAGCCUGAACUGAAGGAGAUGUUCUCUAGAAUUCUUAAUGGAUUCCGCUCACAGGUUGGAAUUGAGAACUGGACGGCUUUUACCGCACAGUUUCCGCCUCCAUUAAGAGAACGUCUUGCAGCUCAGUACGACGUUUAG